GACAACUCUGUGAAGCGAAAGGCUUCUUCUCCGUGAACUCUGUUGGAUGCGCAGUUCCCGUUCAGGCCAGGUCCUUCUUUCUUUUGCUUGCUGCAUACUUGUAGUAUUUGCUUUUGUACUUGCAAAAGCAAUGUCGAGCGAGUAGCCAGUUUUCAACUGUAGCAUUUCGCCUGCAGCUAGCUGUGAUUUGGUCACCGUACUCCGUAGCUUUGUCGCGGAAAAUUCUGCGCCUGGCCAAUUUUUCACUUCUUGUGAAUAGCACCAGAACUUCUCGUAGUAGAUUGCUGUACACAAUGGCUACUGCUGCUGCUGUCGGUGACUCUGCAGCUGCAGACUUGACACUGACCAGCUCUGAGACUGAGAUCGUCAAGACCUUUUGCAGCACUUUGCAGGAAAAAGGUGAGAAGGUUGCCUGGCAGGAGGCCGUGAAGGUGGUCUCUGCGAGGAAGUUUAAUGUGGAACGGGCAUUGGACCUGUAUGAACGUUAUAAGUCGUUACGUUCAGAGCUGUCGCUGGACUCUCUCGCCCCGCUGGAGGAUCCACUGCACUCUGACUUGACUUCCGGCAAGUUUACGAUCUUGGACUGCACGUCGAAGGAGGGAUGCCGCAUAGCCGUCUUCACCACGGCCCUGUACUCUGGCUUCGACACACCGCAGGGCAAGGAGCUGCUUAUGCAGAACAUCCUCUUCAACCUCGAUGAAUGCUUGCUGUCAGCGGCCGCCCAGCGCAACGGUAUCAUUCUUGUGAUCAACCUGCGCGACGCCGGCGCGCGGUUCAGUGAUCGCCGCCUGGCCGUAGAGAUCCUCGAUCUGCUGCAGGAUCGCUACCCGGCACGCGUGACGAAAGUGUACGUGAUUGACGCGCCAUGGUGGGCCCGAGCAAUCUACGGUAUCAUUUGGCCUUUCUUGAAGGAGAAGAUCAGAAGCAGAGUGCAAAUGAUCUCACAAGCAGGCCUGCAGCGUCACAUUGAUUCCGACCUCUUGCCAGUGACCCUCGGUGGCAACCAGCCGUCGACGCAUGACGAGUGGAUACGCCUCUGCACCACCAAUUACGUACAGCGGCACCGCGUACAGGAGGUUGCGGCGAGUGAGGCGCCCCCAAAGCCACCAAUCCGGACGUCAUCUCAGUCAGAGUCGUCACGAAUGGCAGUCACUGCUCGCAAUAUGCGAUCCAGCCCCGCAGCACCUCCUCCACAAGAAGGUCCUGCCCCUGUUCCACCCAGGCGACGUACCUCGCUGAAGCGGAAGGCAACUGCGUUCGACAUGAGCAGCGCAGACGCUAUCACACUAGCUCAGCUCCACGAUCGCCUGACUAACUCUGUGCCCAACUCAUUCGCUGCCGAGUAUAUGUAUAUACGCAAGGAGGCGCCACGAGGCAACUUUGUCGCAACAAGAUCUCCCAUGAACUUGCCUAAGAAUCGUUAUGCUGACAUCCUGGCCUUGGAGGAGACCAGAGUUCACCUGAGAACGCUUGCCGACGAAUACGGUCAAGCAGUCCCCGGCACCGACUACAUCAACGCUAACUUUGUAUCGACGCCAAAGUCCGACCAUGCCUACAUUGCCUGCCAGGGUCCCCUGCCCAACACGUUUGAGGACUUCUGGAGAAUGGUCUGGGAGUACCGCGUCCGUGUCGUAGUCAUGACAACAAAGCUUGUUGAGCGUGGCCGUGUCAAGUGUGACGAGUACUGGCCUGUGGAAGGUGGUGAGGAGUUGUACGGCCGAUUCGUUCUGGAAAUGACGUCUGAACACAUCGGCUCUGACUUCUCCACCAGAGAGUUUUCCCUCAGCUACAACGGUGAGAAGCGCCCAGUCACCCAGUACCAGUUCACCGCCUGGCCUGACUUUGGCCUGCCGGCCACCGCCGCAUCCAUGCUGGACGUCAUUGAGAACAUGCACCUGACCAACGCCACUGCCGUGGACGCCGACGGAGCAGAGCCGCCCGUUGUUGUUCAUUGCAGCGCCGGCGUCGGCCGAACGGGCACCCUCAUGGCCACGGACAUCUCUUGCCAGUGCCUCGUCGCUUCAGGAAAGUGCGACAUUCCAGGCACGGUACGGCACAUCCGCAACCACCGCGCCUUCUCUGUGCAGACGCCCGACCAGUAUCAGUUCAUCUUCAUGGCCGCUCUGGAGUACGGUGAGGCACACGCUGUCGCGGCGGCCACUGAGAAUGAUGACGCUGCAGUGCAGCAGGGCUUUGGGUCAACGGACGAGAGUUUCGAGAGGCCCGUCGACGAGGUGCCGGCAGCGAGCGCAACGAACGGAGUGGCGGCCUACAGCAACACUGCCGCCUUCGAAUCCGUCGCUGACACCGAGGAGCCACCGGUACAACAACAACAACAAGAGGAGGCUGUCACGUCGUCAGGUACGUACGAGAAUGACGAUGAGCCUGUUGCCGCCCCCGCUGAUCCGGCCGUUUCCGGUGCUUACACGAAUGAGGGAGCGGUCGUGUCUGCGUCGCCCUCCCUAGUGGACGCGCAGGCUCCUGCCAAGACUGCCGCUGACGAAAUGCAGCCGGCUGUCGAAGAGGAGGCGGCGGCAGAUGUGCCAGAGACAGUGGAAGAGCCGGCUGUGGAAGAGGUAUCAGCUGCGCCAGAGGCCGACCAGGAACCAGCUGCAACUGAAGAACCUGCUGCUGUUGCAGAGGCAGCAGAGGAGGUAGCAGAGCAACCUGCUGCAACAGAAGAACCAACUGCUGAUGAGCCUGCUGCAACAGAGGGCCUAACUGCUGAGGAGCCUGCUGCAACGGAGGAACCCACUGCUGAGGAGCCUGCUGCCACGGAGGAACCCACUGCUGAGGAGCCUGCAGCCACAGAAGAACCCACUGCUGAGGAGCCUGCUGCCACAGAAGAACCCACUGCUGAGGAGCCUGCUGCAGUAGAGGAACCCACUGCUGAGGAACCUACUGCUGAGGAGCCUGCUGCAGUAGAGGAAUCCACUGCUGAGGAGCCUGCUGCAGUAGAGGAGCCAACUGCUGAGGAGCCUGCUGCAGUAGAGGAGCCAACUGCUGAGGAGCCUGCUGCAGUAGAGGAGCCAACUGCUGAGGAGCCUGCUGCAGUAGAGGAGCCAACUGCUGAGGAGCCAGUCGAGGAAGCUGCUCCAGAGCCUGCCGCAGCGGAAGAGCCUGCUACAUCAGAGGAGCCCGCUGCAACCGAAGAAGUAGCAGACGAAAGCCCUGCUGCAGAGGCGGCUGAACCUUCUGCUGCUGCUGCAGAUGAGCCAGCAGGCGAAGACGUUGCAGAGGCAGCUGCUGCAUCGGAGGAAGCCGCUGGAAAAGAUGAGAAACGUGCCGGCGGCAACCAGCAACGCAAAGGGAAAAAGGGUCGCAAGGGUCGCCGUUGAGAAGGACUGAAGGACUAGAGCACUGCUGCUUUCGCUGCGGGUGUGUGCGCUCGCGACUCGUAGCGCCGGAGUUGUUUUAGUAUUGGUGCUGAUCUGGCCUGGCACUCUGUAUCCUCAGUGUGGAGAAUCCAGCAACUCUGCUGGUAGCCAAGUUCAGUAGGCCUCACCUACUUCAAGUCGCCCUUCGGCUGGCCAGCUGGGUUGUUAAUUGCCACCUUGGUACGCUGCCCACUGUGUAGCUGGCCAGGUUUUAGCAUGAUCGUGUUUUGUGUUUUUUUCUUAUAGGAUUCUUUCUUUGUCAUUUUCUGUUUAAUUUCUCUCGUUUUCUGCCUUCUACAAUUGUGACAAUGGCAUCAAUGCCAAUGGGCUUUCACCCAACCUUGGACCGCUGCUCGUGCUUUGUCGGACUUAAGGUGCUGUAUUCCGUGCCCUCGGCGACUGCGCAUACUCGCUUGUUCAUGCACACAUGCUUAUGGCAGUCUUCCAUCUGUCUGUCUAUCUAUCUCUUUCACUGUCAUACAUACGCGCACACAGACACACACACACGUGCCCAUACUCGCAAAUUCAGUGUACAGUUGCCACAGACUUGCGUCUGCCUCUAUUCGGUGAUCAGGUCACAUACAGAUCCCAUCACUAUCCGUCCGUUUUGGUCGGCGAGCCAGCAGCACCCUCGCUGCGCAGGUUCUUCUAGGCCUAGGAUUGAUAUGAAAUUCUUACAGACUGGAGAGAAAUUGACUAAUUCCAUUCUUGGACUGUCCUAUGGUCUUUAUUAUUAUUAUUAUCACUACUACUACUACUGCUACAUUUGACUAUUAUUGGCUUAAAGCUUGCUGGUACUAAUACUGUUCCUGUCAGGCUUCAUUUGUUGACAUGCAUUCUAGACCAUUUAUCUAGCUUCUGCUGGUAGUACUAGUAGCGUCCGUUUGUUUUCGCAACCAUCCCCUCCCUCUCGCUUGUCGGUGCUUAUCCUGCGUUUUGUUCUGGUGUAGCACGCUGCUAUCUGUCACCUCGUGUUGAGCUAGCUGCACCGGUCCGCGCACCCUGUCCAUAUGUCCGUGUGCCUCUCUUUCUCUCUCUCUCUCUCUCUCUCUCUCUCUCUCUCUCUCUCUCUCUCUCUCUCUCUCUCUCUCUCUCUCUCUCUCUCUCUCUCUCUCUCUCUCUUCCCCUGGGUAUUUCUCUUUAACUUUUUUCCCCUGCUUCUUGUCGUUUGUAUGGUAGCAAUGUUCUGCUGCCUUCUCCGCUUUCACAUAUUCUUUCUCUACCCCCGUCUUAGCUAGGUACAGCUGCAUCUCUAUUGGGCUAGUGUGCGCCGUCUGAAUUGAGUUUAUCCCGACACGCGUCGUGUAACUGUG